UACUUUGACAAUUCGAAAUUAAUCUUCGGCUAAACUCGUAAAUUGUCGAAAGUUCUCGACAAUCUCCGGCUUCGCUUUCGGAUAACGCAAAACACGAAACUCAAAUACCCACGUGUUCAGUCUUAAACACCUUAUUUUUCAAUGUGGAUAUUAAUUUAAAUUUUUACAAAUAACAAAUCAUAAAACUCAGAUAUAUAUAUAUAUAUAUAUAUAUAUAUAUGAAAUAUUAUUUUUAAAAUUUUUAUACCGUAAAAAUAUCAAGUGUAUUUUAUUUAAACAAUAAGUCAUAUAUUAAAUAUUUAAGGUUUUGUACUUAACCUUAAAGUUUAUUUUUCAAAUUAAUGAAUUUUAAAAUUUAAUCGCUAAAAUGAAAAAUAAACCAGUUCGUCAUAAAGAAACUAAUAGAUUCAAGUUCAAAAGAUUCGGUGACCGAAUUUCGGAGAUCGACAUCGAUGUUUUCCAUCGAAUAGUUCACAAAAAUGAAGAAAGUUCUGAUGACGAAGAAGAGUUAGUGUCAAUCUUCCACAAGACAUUGGUAAAAUGGAACGUAUUGAAUUUAACAGAAGGCUAUACAAAUUUCCGCAAGGAAGUAAAACAUGUCGUGACACUUCCUCAAUUACUGUACCACAAGCACCAGGUAAUGGAGUCUUUAAAAAAAUAUUUAAAAAUGAAAGACGUAGCCUUCCUCCAGCCAGUUUUAGAAAUGGUCGUCGCAGCGGCAAGAGAUCUGCAGCGCGAUUUCUACGAAUUUUUUCCCGACUUCCUUACCCUUAUCAUCGACUUACUCAACAUCAAGGAUCCAGAUGUCUUGGAGUAUUCGUUUACCAGCUUAGCAUAUCUAUUUAAAUUUAUGUGGGUAUAUUUUAUUAGAAAUAUCGACACGACCUUUGAAAUUUUACUGCCGCUAUUAGUUGAUACUAAGCCAGUAUACAUAAAUAAUUUUGCCGCUGAAAGUUUUGCUUUCGUCGCUCGAAAAAUAACCGGUCAAGAUCAAAACUCAUUUCUAAACCUUCUAUUCAAUGCCUUGAAACGAAAUCCUCAUGGUGUAAAAGGUUGCGGUAAAUUAUUAUUCGAAGUUAUCUCAGGAGUUCCAGGAAAAUUUCAUUCCUGCGCCGAAAAAAUGAUUAAUCUCUACUUUAAAACUUUAACUGAUGAUAACAUCGAUUCGAAACUAGCAUUUGAUGUUUUGUCCGAAAUAUUUAAGUGUAUAAAUAAUUCUAUAAGUCCGAAUCACAGCCAAGUUUUAUGGGAUGUUAUUUUCAAAACACUCGAUCAAAAUUUAUCAGAAGAAAAUGAUAAAAGUAAUAGAAUUUUAAUACCUAUAGCACAAUUGAUUUGUAUAAUUUUGAACCAUAAAGGCGGGAGAAUGUUAUCAAGUCCAGCAUCAUUGUCAUCAUUGAUCACCAGAGGAAUUUCUAUUUAUGAAAAUAAAAGCGAUUUAAUUUUAAUGGAAUUUAUUGAAAUGUCUGUAUCUAUUUUGCUGGCAGAUAAUAUUAAAUUAUCUCAAGAAACUUCAUAUGAAUUGAUUUCGAAACUGUUGUCUAUAAGUAAAAAAUAUAUUUUGAAUGAAAUUAUCGAAAAACUUAUCAGUCAUUCAUCAUUUGAAACGUUGGUACUUCCCAUGGCGACUCAACGAAGUGUUUUAAGAAGAGAAUUUAAUGACAGCGAUUUAAAUUUGUUUGCUAAAAUUGUUUUAAAAAGAGCGCCUCCGAUGCUCAAUGGGAUCAAUAUCGACAAAUGGAGAAAAAUAAAUCUAGAUCUUCGUACAUUUCCUAAUGAUACUGUUACAUUUUUAGUAGAAAUGCUGAAAAAAUGGGAAGAUAAAGAUAAAAUCAUAGAUGAAGAUUCGUUAAAAGUUAUCACCAUUUUACCUCAUGUUAAUAUUUCACUGCACCAUCAGUUAAUUGAAGCAAUAAAACAAAUUUUUGCUUCCAUGUUUUUGAAAUUAACUGAAAUAGAAGUCGACGAUGACAAUUUAUCAACUGAUGAAAUAGAAAAAAGAACUUUCGCAUUCUUAUUAACUCUUGAGUCUAUUAUUCGUUUGCUAAACGAAGAUGAUCUUCAUCAAGUCUUCGAAGAGUCCAAAAUAGAUUUCAAAAGUUUAAUUUCCCGGUAUUCAAAUAAUUCAAAUAUUUUGAAUGCAGUAGAUUUAUUUUACUCGCGUAUUUCUUCUACAAAACUUAAAGAAAAGUAUAUAAAUGUUGAAGCAUUUGAUUUUUUUAACACGUUCUUGGCAAGAAGACUCGCGUCUCCAUACCGACAUGUUCGGUUAUCUAUUUGUCACUUUUAUUAUCUAUUUAAAGACCUCAAUAAUAUUUGCAAUAACAGUAAUGAAGAUUUUAACAACGUUUUGGAGCUUUUGUUCAUGGCUGAAAGCAUCGAAGUCUCUGUUCAAAGUUACCGCGAACGGUUGACUCAUUUGCAGGCACUGUCAUUUGGAUCGCGCAGUUUAAUUUAUUUUGAAAAAAAAUACUAUCAGCUCCCAUUGUAUUUCUUGCUUGGAAAUUUAUUCAUUAAUUUUUCCUUACUAUGGGAUCCAGUUUGCAAAAUAAUCGCAACUUUUGCCAACGAAAAGUGCGCGGACUUUUGGCCGAUUUUUGUUGGAGAACUUCAAGAAAAUAAUAUCAAAAAAUCUAGCAUUUGCAGUGCUAGUGAUUUAUUUAAAUGCGAUAUCUUCAAUGAGUUAUCAAAAUCAUUGAUAAUAAAUGAUAAGCCUGAUUACGAUAAUUAUAAAAGUUUACUUUGGAAAUGUAUGAACGAAUUUCCGGAAUAUUGUGAGAUGAAAAAUCGUGAUUUUACGCCAUUGUUUAUUAAUUUUGUUGAGAAUAAUUUUUUUACUACUGACUCUGAGACCGCCAAGUCAUUUAGUAUUGAAAAAAAAGUUAAAGAUCUGGAAAUUAUACAAGAAAUUGAAGAAGAUGAUGACGAAGAUGAUAAAGUACAAGAUGAAGAUGAUAAAAUAAAAGAAAAUAAUAAAGAAAAUGAUGACAAGUCAGUACAGAAAAUAAAAGUGAUUAAAAUUGGAAAGACGUCGAACUUUAAAUUACUGUUGGCUCAAUUAAAAUUACUUUCAAAAAUGCACAACCCAAAAUAUUUGUUCAGAGAACACGAAAUUUAUCGUAUUUACAUGGAUUUGUUGUUAUCAAAAAAUAUGGAGCUGCAGAAAGCAACUCUGGACUGCAUUUUUACUUACAAAUUAAGUGAAUUAAUUCCUUACAAGAGUCAUCUCUACGGUUUGAUCGACGAGAAAAAUAUACGAAAUGAAUUGGCGCGUUUCAAAAUAAUCGAUGAUGAAGAAACAAGCGAAACUAUAAAGCCAGAGGAGCGCAAAGUUCUAAUGCCGAUACUUAUGAGAAUUAUUUACGCUAAAAUGGUGACUCGUGGGACGGGAAGAGCCGCUGGAGCUGCAGGUGGUUCAGCGAGAAGAAAAAUAAUAGUACGAUUUUUGAUGGGAGUUAAAGAAGAAGAGAUGAUGCUGUUUGCAGAAAUGGCUUGUAAACCUUUUGAAAGGUAUCAAAUAAAUUUCUUUGCUGACAAUCAGUUUACGGACAUAAGAAAUUUGACGACAAACAUAUCGAAAAAUUUGGAUUUGUCCAAUAUUAUUCCGCCGAAACGUUUGAGGAGCGCGAUCAAUUUAUUGUCAAUUAUGAUCGAAGAGUUUGGAGCUAAAAUGUCGAAAAAUUUACUGCCUAGACUUCUCGCAAUUCUUCUUUGCACGCUGGCACAAAUAAAAGGUAUUUUAGACCGCUCGGAAAAUGUUCUUUCGGGAUUUUUAUCGAUCAUAAAAGAACUUAGAAACACUUGUAUUGGAAUUCUCGCAAGAUUUUUUGAACAUUUCGAAAACUACGACUGGUCACAGUCAGAAUUAGACGCUUUGUUUGAUCUUGCAGUUUUUCCAUGGCUAGAAAAAUUUCCAACUGAAGGUAUUCACAGUCCGACAGUUCUUCUGAAACUUUUUUCAGCUUGGUGCAAUAAUUCAAGGUAUUAUUGUCUUCUUAUAAAACAUAAAGAUGAUGAUAAAAAUAUAACAUGUCUGCCUUUUAUUAUAAAACUUCUCCUGGGAGAAAAAACUCAUUAUUCUGUAACAAAUACAAUUCUCGAAAUGAUAAAUUAUCUUUUAACACUACAAGAUUACGAAAAAAUGGAGACUGAUGACUCGGAAAAAGUACCUUGUGUUCCUCUUCAGCCGAAAAAUAUUUUACAAGUAAACCCGGAAGCUGUUUUGCCUGAAAAAUUUCUCAAUUACGGAUCCACGAUACUUUUACCCUACGUUCCAGAUAUUUUGCAAUUCAUGAAACGGAAACUAUUGAAAUCUAAAAUGGGCAUUAAGAAAAUCGAGGCUUCGAUACUGUCAAGAAUUUCCGAAUUGAAUCUCAACCCCGAGACCUCGAGUACUUUGAUUUCAUUACUGAUUCCAAUUUUGGUCAGACGCGCAUCCAGAGGAGAAUCUGAUAUAAUUAUCGAAGAACUUUUAACCACAAUAAUUAAUUUACUGAAGAAUGUCCACAAGCCUGAAGAACAUACUAGAUCUCUUUUGCCUCUGCUAUUUCAUAUUUCGUCUCUUCCUCUCAGAAAAAGUUUGCUAGAGUUAUUCCAAACGAUUGCUUCGAAUUCCGCGGACACUGACAUCGUUUCCAAAGAUAUUUUAGUACGAAAUGUAAAACUUUUAAUAUCUUUGAAUGCGAUGGACCAACGGUGGGUCGAACAAGCAGAUUUUGAAAAGAGACUCGAUGCGUUCCAACAAAUAAAUUCAAUUAUUUCUAGCGACGAUACCGAAGUAUCAAAAACUCUAACACUAGAAUUCGGAAUCGCUCUUUUGUACAACUGCUACUAUUUUUUGAAACACGAAACAGAUAUGUCACUAAGAGACACAUCAGGACGGUGUUUAAAUGACUUAGGAAUAAAAUUAAUUACUAUGUACAAGUCCAAUAAUGAAGACAGAAUUUAUUUGAUUGAAGAAACGAUACUAAGUUUAAUUAGAACUGGGAUCAGAAGUAAUAAUGAUACAGUAAAACUUCAGUCAAUUUCAUUCCUUGGUAUUUUGUCAAUGAAUUGUUCAGAUGCUCAUCCAGUCUUUCGUGAUCUCAAUUUACUCACCGACAAAAAUGACCCAGAAGUUGAUUUCUUUGAAAAUCUUCAGCAUCUUCAGUUACACAGAAGAGCGCGGGCUUUAUUGAAAUUUUGCACUGUUUCAAAAACAAUAACCAAAGUUCCAAGCAUCAAAACAUUAACGCAAUUUAUUUUCCCAUUGGCAUCUUCUUAUCUUUGUAAUGAAAAAUUCAUGGGUAAAAAUAGUAUCAUUGACGCUGCUAUAGAAACUAUCGGUACUGUCUGUAGAUUAUUACCCUGGCAUCAGUACUCAGUGAUAUUAAAAUAUUAUUUAGAUAAAAUUCAUCAUGUUAACGAAUUUCAGAGGCAGGUUAUCAGGACAAUUAUUGCCAUUUUAGAUUCUUUUCACUAUGAUUUGUCUAAACUAAAGAGUGCUGAUAAAAAUAGCGAGGAUAGUAAUGAAAAAGUAAUCGAUCCUCCGAUUGAAAAAGAAAUUGAAAAAGUCGAUACUGAAGAAAGUAAAGAAGAAAAUAAAUCAGAAGAAAGUGAUGAGGCAGAGGCAGAAGAAUUAUUGGAUAGUGAACUGGCUAAAGAAGAAAAUAAAGAAGAAAUCACCGAAACUGUUGACUGUGUUAUGGAUAAACAAACGAUACUUUCCCAAUCAGCUGCUAGAAAAUUAGUUUUCGAUAUAAAUAAUACACUUUUACCGCAAUUACACCGGUCAAUACUUUCGAGAACUCAACACGAAAUGAGCCACAAAGUCAACAGAAAGCGCAACGGCUUUGAAAAAGAAGACGAAGAAUUAAUGCGAGUACCUAUAGCUCUUGCUCUUGUAAAAUUACUACAGAAAUUACCCGGAAUAAUUCUCAAUAAAAAUCUUUCUGGUAUUUUUAUGAAAAUCUGUACGUUUUUGAAAUCGCGCUCGGACUCAGUGAGACGUUCGACCCGAGAAAUUCUAGAAAAAAUAAUGAUAACAUUGGGACCUGAUUACUUGCAUUAUUUAUUGAAAGAAAUGAACUCUCUUUUGACAAAAGGUUUCCAGAUUCACGUACUCGCUUAUACGAUUCACGCGGUUUUGAAGGCAUUGAAGCCAUACCUGCAAUCUAAUCAUAUGAAUGACAACCUCCAGAGUGUAUUAGAAGUUUGUAAAAUAGAUUUAUUCGGAGUUAGUUCUGAAGAAAAAGAAGUUAAAGCCAUAACUAAGAAUGUUUCUGAAGCUAAAUCGACAAAAAGUAACGACAUCCUUCGUAUUCUUGGUGAGCAUAUCAGUGAAUCUUGUCUUCUAGAUCUUAUUCAGCCUUUGAAUGGAAUUCUUUUUAAUACACGAAGCCACAAAACUCUGAUGAAAGUCGUGGACUCUCUAAAUAAUGUUGCCUUAGGUUUAGCAGACAAUACUUUUAUCAAAGACGACCAGAUGCUGAUAUUCCUCUACGGGAUUGUCUCCAAAACUAUACCAGGCUUGAAUUCGAAAGCCCAUGAUAAAAAUCCUGAUAAAAAUAAACCAGACAAAAUGCAAAUCGAUAAGCCGGACUGCUACAUAAUUCCACCGCAGCCUAAAUCGCGGAUGGGAUUGAAAGCAGCGUCGAAGACAUCAGCUGACGCAAAUGACCACGUGAUGAUUGAAUUUGCUCUAAAAUUGCUUCACAUUCUUUUGAAACGCGAAAAAAUUUCCGGCGCGAUGUUCAAAAUUUAUUUAGAUCCAUUCGUUCCAAUAAUCGCUGACUGUUUGAAGUCUCAACAUGUGAAAUUGAAUACCUUGUCACUUCAAUGUCUCAAUUGGAUUUUGAAAAUGAAUUUAGAAUCAGUUGACAAUCACAUAAAAGACAUUUGUGAGUCUUUGUUUAGUAUUCUUCAUAAAUAUGGUUCCGCUGGAUUGGGAAAAGGAGAUAACUUUGAUUUGGUAACAACGGCAUUCAAAACGAUGUCAAUUUUAGUGAGAGAUAUCAAAAACUUUGAUAUGACUCUCGAUCAAAUAAAAGUUUUAGUUCUGUAUGUAGAACAAGAUCUUUAUAAUAAUGAUCGGCAAGCGACAGCAUUUAGUUUACUAAAAGCAAUUAUUGGAAGGAAGAUAAUGGUAUCAGAAGUACACAAAGUAAUUGAAAAAGUUGCUGAUCUCAGUAUCAUAUCAGAUUCUGCUUACAUUCAGCAGCAAUGUCGAGCGGUAUUUUAUAAAUAUCUUAUGGAAUAUCCUCUAGGUAAAAAAUUAGCGAAACAUUUGUCAUUUUAUUUAGAGCAAUUGAGCUACGAAUUGCAACCAGGACGCAUCAGUGCUCUGGAAAUGAUCUACAAUAUCAUCAAUGGAUUUCCUGAAGACAUUCUCAUUCGUCAAUCCGAGCUGAUAUUUUUAAAAGUUGGUGUUAGACUUGUCAAUGAUGAGGAUCCAACUUGUCGUGAAUUUGCUGCUAAAUGUAUCAAGGAAUUGAUCACUCGGGUUAAUCAUAAUCAGCGGCUGAAAUUAUUUAAUACUAUUUUGCAAUGGAUGGAAGAUGUCAAUUUAUUACACAGACGUCUUGCUGUUCAACUGUGUGGAAUUUUUGUUACUGUUGAAAAGGAAUCGUUUGAGGGACAUUUAGAAGCAGUACUGCCGUUGAUACUCAAACAAUUCCGUGCUGAUGAUUCGGAAAAUGGUGAAGGAGGACGUUUUGUACUAAAGAAAACCAGAAGAAAUAAUCAAGUUGAUAUUAAAGAUUUGGAGAAAGUUAAAGAUCAUCUUGUUUUCCAAACUCUGCAGCUGACUUUGAAAAUUUCGUCUUCUUGUCAAGUUUUUCUUAAAUCAGACAAAUAUGUGGAUAAGGUGCAAUCUCUUGGUGAAUAUUCGCAAUCAUUUUUGGCGCAUCCCCAUUUGUGGGUCAGACUUGCUGCAAUUCAGCAAAUCGCAUUUAUUCUUGCGGCCAUUGAUGAAGAAAAAUUGAAUAAAAUUAUUCAGGAAUCACAGGUUAAUUUGGAGGUUAAAAAACCAAAAGUUAAAGAUGGAGAAGAUGAUGAUGAUGAUGAUGAUGAAGAUGAAGAAGAGGAAGAAGAAGAAGAAGAAGAAGGAGAAGGAGAAGGAGAAAUGAUUCAAGAUGAUAGUAAAAUAAAAGGAUAUAUUUAUUCAAAUCCUAUACAGACAUUACGAAGUCUUAGUUUAGAUUUAAUUGCACAAUUACAGCCAGGAAUAGAAUUCGAAGAAUUUUUGCUCCAAGUAGUAAAAAAUUUGAUUUUUAUUGCUCGAGUAAUUAAAUCAAUGCCCUGUGAUAAUGAAACAGACAAAAGUAAAAAUAUUUCUAUUUUUUGGUUAUUAAAGAGGAUACGGAAGUGUGUAAAUGUUGAGGUUACGAAGACUCCUAAAUCAACAUUUUUGAGGACAGCGGUAUUUAAAUGGAUUGGAGGUGUCGUAAGGACAAUACCUAUUGAGCCAUUUUUGAAGCCUAUGCUGUUUCAAAUAAUGUCUCCCCUCGUAAGAGAAAUGUUGACGACUGAAGAAUCUAAUGCGCCACUGAGACAAUUGUCGAAAGAAGUCGGGAAUAUGAUCAAGAAAAACAUCGGUGAUGUAGAGUACGGGUUAUUGCUGGGAAAAGUUCAACAAAAGUUGGAAAUUAAAAAGGCUGAGCGAAAGAAAAAUUACACGCAACAGUUUGUUGUUGAUCCGGAGUCGGCUGCAAAACGUAAGAUUUUGAGACAGCAAAAGAAGAAAGAAGCGAAGAAACGAAAGAAUAUAGAAAUACGUGGAAAAAAAUCGUAUGGAAAAAAAAGAAAAUUACAAAGUGAAGCGGAUAUGUAAAUUAACUAUAGUUUUUUUAAAUAAUUUAUGUAUAUAAUUAUUCUUAUAAAGUAUUUAAUAAAAAGAGAGUGAUUAUGAA